UAUUAGGUAAACAGGUGUUAAUGUUAGGUAUAUUUAGUUUUCAAGGCUGUACUUUUUUGAAGCUUUCAAACUGAGCCGCUUCUCUAAUAGUAUUUUUUAAGAUAAUUAAAAUUUGAUUUGUUAAAGAUCAAUCCAUUCUUAUCUGCUAUUCUUUGCUCGCUGCUGUAAUUUUUAGAUCAGGUAAGAGUUUCUUUCCGGGAGUAACAAGUUAAGGAAGAAACGUGGAAGACAUUCUUUUAUAAUUUUACCAAUGAUUACAUGUGAUAUAGAUCCUGAUGUUGCUCGAUGGGAUCUCCAAGAUAUACAAGUUUGUGUAUAUAGCCAUUCUGGUGCCCGUUGUAGUAUUACUCAGUAUGACAAAUACAAUAGUCAAACUGUGCAGAUUAGAGAGGGUUGUUAUGAACCUGAAUGUGUAAAUGUAGAGAAUGAUGCUGUUAUUGCGCAUGCCCUGCAAGAGGAACUCUCACGAGUCGCUGCUGCAGAGGCAUCCGGAUUUACUAAUCCUAGCCGAGACUCUAUUCUUUCCCAAGAUUGGUUUGGCCUUCAAGGAAGACAACAUGGUUCUGAUUGUGAAGAUGAAGUUAAUCAUGGGACGAGGGAUUUAGAUGAUUUUAUAAGUGAACAAGGUGGUAAUUAUGGCAUGGGAGACAACCUUUAUCAUGGUGAAGACAUGUUGCGUAUAGAUACAAUCGACGAGUCAUCUGUUCUUGAUGAUGAAGUAGAGAAGAGGUUGAAUGACAUGGUUCCUAUUCCUCAUGUACCUAAAAUUAAUGGAGAUAUACCAUCGGUUGAUGAAGAGAUUUCAGACCAUCAAAGGCUGCUUGAUAGGUUGCUGUUGUAUGGUCUGGUUGAGAAUAAGGUUCAUGGUGAUGGUAACUGUCAGUUUCGCUCUUUGUCAGAUCAACUUUACCGUUCUCAAGACCACCACAGGUUUGUGAGGCAGCAAGUUGUUUCCCAGCUUAAAUCAAAUCCGGAGAUGUAUGAGGGUUAUGUUCCAAUGGCUUAUGGUGACUACUUGAAGAAAAUGAACAAGACCAGUGAAUGGGGGGAUCAUCUUACAUUGCAAGCAGCUGCCGAUUGGUAUGGGGUGAAGAUAUUUAUACUAACUUCAUUCAAGGAUACAUGUUAUAUUGAGAUCCUUCCACAUUAUCAAAAGUCUGAACGAAUUAUUUUCUUGAGUUUCUGGGCUGAGGUGCACUACAAUUCCAUAUAUCCUGAAGGAGAACUGCCUAAGAAAAAGAAGAAAUGGUGGAUGGUUUGAAGAUGUUUAGCACUUCAUUUAACUUUCCAAGGAGUUCAAAGAAAACAUCAAGCAUCUUUUUCCAAGUUCUAUUUUUGUGUAUAUAGAGAUAGAAUACCAUCUUUGAUUGUAAAUAAGUGUAUGUAAUGAUAUUUUCUAUUCAUUUUUAUUUACUUCUAAAACUAUUAGUUCUUGUGAUAUUAUUAAGAUUAUGAGACACAUUUGCUAAUAUUGUUUGUGAAGCCUAAAA